GCCUCAGUUUUGUGUUGCGCAGGCGCACGUCGGCGGCGGCUCCCGGCAUGCUGUGCGGCCGGUAAGGUAUAGUAGUGUACAGUCAUCAUACUGAGCACUGAGCAGCAGCAACAGGAAGCGACCGCCGGUGUCUGACACAGAGGGAGUAUGGCCGGGGAAAUGACCAUACUGGGUUCUGCUAUUUUGGCUCUCCUGUUAGCCGGAUACCUGGCACAGCAGUAUUUGCCUAUGCCUACCCCAAAGGUGAUUGGCAUAGAUCUUGGGACAACGUAUUGUUCGGUUGGUGUGUUCCAUCCUGGAACGGGAGAAGUGAAAGUCAUUACAGACAGCAGCGGCCACCAGAGUAUACCAAGUAUGGUGUCCUUUACUGAGGAGGAUGUGUAUGUGGGAUACGACAGUCUGGAGCUUGCUGAUUCCAAUCCGCAGAACACCAUAUAUGAUGCCAAAAGAUUUAUUGGAAAAAUCUUUACCCCUGGGGAGUUGGAAAGGGAAAGUGACCGGUAUCCAUUCAAAGUUCUCAGUAAAGAUGGUGAAGCGGUUUAUUCUAUUACAACCAACGAAACGUUUACAGUAACUCCUGAAUACAUUGGCUCACAGCUACUUCUAAGGCUAAAGAAGAUGGCAGAAGAGUACCUUGGCCUUCCUGUCUCUAAGGCGGUUAUUUCAGUGCCCGCAGAGUUCGAUGAGAGACAGCGCAACUAUACAGUUAAAGCCGCUAAUCUUGCUGGUCUAGAUAUUCUACGAGUCAUCAAUGAACCAACAGCCGCGGCAAUGGCUUACGGGUUACAUAAGGUUGACGUGUUUAAUGUCCUAGUGGUGGAUUUGGGAGGAGGCACAUUGGACGUUUCCCUGCUGAAUAAACAGGGGGGAAUGUUCCUAACACGAGCUAUGGCAGGUAACAAUAAACUAGGAGGCCAAGACUUCAAUCAAAGACUGUUACAGUACUUAUAUGAUGAUAUUCAUACCACCUAUGGGUCACUGCCGUCCCAUAAGGAAGAAAUCCACAGGCUCAGGCAAUCUGUGGAAGCCGUCAAGUUGAACCUCACACUGUAUAAUUCCUCCUGGGUGCAUGUGCCUUUAACGUUGGCUGCACAACCACCAACAACUCCUGAAGAGGGUGACCAAGGGGAGAACAACAUAGAGGGGGGUCAACAUCGGGAAGAGCUACAAGAUGGGAAGAGUACUGUUAAACAGGUACAAUUUAAAACCGAAAUUACACGGAAGCUCUUUGAGCAUUUGAACGAUGACCUUUUCCAGAAGAUCCUAAUACCCAUAGAACGUGUAUUAAAGGAAGGGCACCUUCAGAAGGAUGAAGUGGAUGAAAUUGUUCUAGUUGGCGGGUCUACACGGAUACCCCACAUACGCCAAGUCAUCCGAGACUUUUUCGGCAAAGAACCCAACACAUCAGUGGACCCAGAUCUGGCUGUAGUGAUUGGUGUGGCAAUACAAGCAGGGAUCAUGGGGGGCUCCUGGCCUCUUCAAGUCAGUGCAAUAGAAAUACCCAAUAGACACUUACGGAAAACUAACUUCAAUUGAAUAGUUCAUGCGGUCGCUUCUGCCCACUGUUUCCGGUUAUGUAUUGAAGAUCGGUGACCUGCUGUCAUAUGUGGGCAUCACAUCUGAGCCGUGAUUCACUGCUUUGUUGAUCCAGUGUACCGAUCCGUAGACAUCGAUGCUUGAGGAUCCGACAGGGAUUCAGCAAAUGACAGCAGGUUAAAAAUCCCUGACUUGCAGACCCCGAUAAUUUUUUGGUCAGACUCGGUGAAUCGUGGUAUUCCAUCUUGUUGGAUUUCCCCAAUUCGCUGGCCCAGGCAUCUACAACAUGGGAAAUUGCCCCGAUAUUUGUCAGAUGUAUGGGCCCCAGAACUUUUACAUCUGCCCUUAAGAGAUCUAUUUAUUUAUUGUUAAGAACUUCUAAGAAAGAUGUUUUUGGAGAUUUAUUCACUUUGUGUGGGUGAAAGAAUCUACUGGUAUAUUUAUUAAAUUUUGUACUAUUUCUGCCCAUGGUCCACACGUAACAUACUUGAAUGUAAACACGGCCCCUAUAUUUAAUGUACAGAAGCCUUGAAUUAUCUUUAUUUUAUUUUUCGCUAACUUUUUGUACAGUGUAUAUGUAUAUGUAUGUAUGUAUGUAUGUGUAUAUAUACAAUCCGUGUCAGCCUGGCACUCCCUUCAACAAGAAAAAAUCACCUGCACCGGUGCCUUCAUAGACGUGAAGAUACAGACUUGGAGAUGCGGCACUCUGGUUCACUUAAGUAGCAAUGACGGGUGUGGAGUCCCUUGUUCAGGUCAACGUUUCAAUAUUUUAUUUAUAUUGUCAUCAGGAUACAAACUUACAUAAAACAAACAUACCUUUAUACAAGUCCCCCACCACGUGAAUGCCGGCAUCGGAGCGGGACUGCAUCCCCGCCCCUUUGCUGUGCUGAAAAUAGACGUCAUAAACAUCAGCCCAUUAAGCCACCGUGUUGUUACCAUAG